AUGCUAAAGGAAAUCUCUAUUACGGGUAAACUGCCAAAAACAGUUGAAAUUACUAUAAACAACAUUGAUUACAAUUAUGAAAAUAAUGGUGAAGAGGACAACAAGAAAGGCUUUGAUGGAAAUACUUUUAUGGCUUCACCAGUUGCUGUACUUUCCAACACGAAUGUUUGUGCACUGAAAAAUGAUAACGAUGAAAUACUAGAAUGGCUCGAGUCGAAUAAAGAAAAACUUGUUUCAUUUGUUGCUGCAAAAGAAAACCUUGACAUAUACUGGAACAGCCCGAGAGGAUACUGCAUUGUGCAGUCUAAAACAUUCAAAGCAUUAUAUCAACUACGCGUGGAAAAUUUGGAAGCUCACUCAAAAAGUUUAGAAGAUAAAGUAAAACUAAUAGAAGCUCGCUCAAAAAAAUUGGCAAAACUGAUGGAAGUGAACUCGGAGAUAAGGUGA